AUGCCUGUCUAUCAUAUCGCCCUGUUUAAGCUCAAAUCCGAUGCCGAUCCCCUUAAAGUAGAGAAGUGGAAGCAACAAGCCCAUGCGAUGGUUGGCCAAGUGCCCGGACUCCUGGACUUGCGAGCCGAUUCACCGACUGAGUUCACGGCUCCCUUGGCCAAGGGGUUCGACAUGGCGGUUGUCGUACUGCUAGACUAUCUGGAGAGUUUAGCUACAUUCUUCACGCAUCCAAGUCACCAUGAGGUGAAUAUUCUCUAUCAAGAAGUGUGCGAUCAUAAAAGUACGAUUGCGUAUGAUAUUGAGUUUUAG